AUGGGCCAGGCACGCUGGGCGCUGCCUCUCACCCUGCUCCUGCUGGCCCUGCCCGCCCGGCACGCUGCGGCUGCCCCGUGGCACUCGCAGGGAUUUGUGCCCGCCGUGGAGACGGCAGAAUGUGCUGGUGGAAGCCCCCUUGGGAGCGCCAGGCCGCGCUCUCUCUGUCUCUCUCUCUGUCUCUCUGUCUCUGCAGCUUGGGAGCGCCAGGCCGUGCAGGAGGAGGAGGAGGAGGAGGCUCCUCAGGAAGGCCGUGAGGCGGUGCCAGGCCCCGGGGAGAGCUCCAGGGCCUUCAGCCCCGCAGGUCCAGACUAUCAAGAUGGAGGGGGCCAAUCUUCCGUGGAGACGUCCAAAGUGCUGCAUGAAAUCCUGGGGGAGCUGAAGAUGAUUCUAGGAGGUGUGAGGAGCCUGAGCCUGAGCAGCGCUGUCAGCAGGAGAUCCGCCGGGAGCAGCGGGGCAGAGCCGGGCGCGGCGGGCGGCGGGGCAGAGCCCGGCGCCGUGCUGGGCAGGGCAGACACCAACGCUGCGGAGGGCAGUUCCUUCAAGACGUACUGCAUCGAAGGCAUUUUGGCCAUCCUCGGCUCGAUACUGCUGGGAAUGGUGCUGUGUUGUGCGUUCCAUUUUUGGAGGAAGAGGAAGAAGUGAGCUGGUGGGGCGGAGGGCAGCUGCCGAGGCAGCUGGGGGUGGCACGAGGUGUUUGGAGCUCUGAGUGCCCAGUAAGUCACUGUGGACACUGGUGCUGUGGGCUGGCGCUCCGUGCUCUGCCCAGAGCUCUCUCUGUGCCCACAGGGGGUGCCCAUGGUCCCUGGGGUGCCCAGGCUGCUCCACACCCUCACACCCCCCCCAGCCACGCCUCAGCAGCUUCCUCUGUCCACCGGCGCCUUGCAGCUGCCUGAGCCAGCUCAGAGGGCCAGCAAAAUGUUUGCAGAAUAUUUAUAUUUAUAAAUAAAGAGCAGCAG